CACAGGACUACACGGAAGGUCGAAAUAACAGGGAGGCCAUGUUGAAUUUUCAGUAAAGUUUUCGUGUGAACUCGACACCAGAAAUGGACCCGUUACACAGAGCCCAAAUUAUCCUACUGUGUGACCUCUGUAAAACUGCCCACCUACAGAGUCACUGUGAACGUUGUGAUAUAAAUCUAUGCCAGACAUGUGUUGGGGAGCACCUCUCGGAUUCGUCUAUAAGACACAAAGUCGUGCUCUAUAAAUACAGAAAGUCUCUUAACUACUCAAAAUGUACAGACCACGCUGGCGAACUCUCUAAACAUUACUGUGAGAAAUGUGACAUUCCUGUCUGUUCUACCUGUGUCUCCUCAAGUAAACAUGAAGGUCACGAUAUAUCAGAUAUUCUGGAAAAACUCAACGCUAAAACAGAAAGUUUACAAAAUGAUCUGGAAGAACUCAAGACAAAAAUUUACCCGCGAUAUGAAGUAAUGGUCAACGAUGUCCAACGUGAGAAAGCCGAAUUAGAAACUAAUUACGGGAAACUGACCACAGCCGCUGACCAACAAGGAGAAAUCUUCCACCAGGAGAUCACUGCCAUCGUCAAACGAAGGAAAUCCGACAUUCAGGAAAUAAAAAACAAACACCUAUCUACCCUGAAUAUAAAUACAGAAGAAAUCACAAAGAAAAUGGCGGAACUCAAACAAAUCAUUUCCGACUUGAAAUCAAUCCUAAAAUCAAAUGACGUCUCCUUAACCUCUACUUACAAAUCUAGGAAUUCCGAAUUUAGACUAGUACCACCUAAAUUCCGAGUUACAGUACCCAGUUUGUCUGCUCAGAAAAUAAACAAAGAUCAGCUCAAUGGAAUGUUUGGUUCUCUGUCACCAUUAUCCAUUAACACAGAACAUGGCGACACAAUGAAGUCAGCAGAAGCUGUAUCGUCAACUCAAGCCAAACCACUGCUUGAUGACCCGCGCCUCACCGCCACCAUACACACUGGGUAUAAAUACAAACUAUCCAGUGUUAGCUGUCUGAGCGAAGAACAAGUCUGGACAUGCGGGAGUAACGAAAUCAUGAAGCUCUUCAACCUCCAGAGUAAACUACUGACAUCAAUACAAACCAAGUCAGGGAACAAACCAGCAGACAUAGCAGUGACACGGGACGGAUAUCUUGUUUAUACUGAUGAUAUAAAUAAAACUGUGAACUUAGUGAAGAAUAAACAGAUAGAGACCAUAAUCACAUUGCAUGGGUGGGUACCUCGCCAUGUCUGCAGUACCGCCUCUGAUAAUCUCCUGGUUACCAUGUACAGUGAUGAUUACAAACAAUCCAAAGUUGUGCGUUACUCUGGCUCCACAGAGAAACAAACCAUUCAGUUUAAUAAUGAUGGUCGUCCUCUCUAUUCAUCUGGUCACUAUAAAUACAUCAGCGAGAACAGGAACCUGGAUAUAUGUGUGGCUGACUGGUCAGCUAAUGCAGUAGUUGUGGUAAAUCAGUCAGGAAAACUCAGAUUUAGAUACACUGGUAAUCCCUAUAAUACCAAGCAAUCAUUUACUCCAGUCGGCAUCACUACAGACAGCCAGAGUCACAUCCUGACAGCAGACAUUAACAACCACCGUAUCCACAUCCUAGAUCAGGACGGACAUUUCCUCCGUUACAUUCACUGUGAUUUAGUCAAUCCAUUCGGUUUAUGUGUGGACAUUAGAGACAACCUCUUUGUGGCUGAGCGUAACACUACUAAAGUGAAGGAAAUCCAAUAUUUUUAAACAGUGUUCUUUACACAUCUCUACACAGUGUUAAUUACAUAUAUCUACACAAUGUUAAUUACAAAUCUCUACACAGUGUGAAAUUGUGAAUUACGUAUCUAAACACUGUAAUUUACAGCAGUGUGUUCGUUACAUCUGUGUGUUAAGGAUGUUCUCUCCUGGUUUGAAUUUUUUUCAGAAGUAUCAAACAUUGAUAAACCAUUUUAACUGAUGCAUCUUUAUUCAGAAGACAUUUAAAUCAUAAAAAAGAGUAUGUCAGUGUAAACUUUAAAGAAUUACAGCCUCUUAAAGUUGCCCCUUUGCUGAAACUUAAUUUCUCCUUAAAUCACCAAUUUUCACAAGAAACACACUAUAAAACAAAUAUCAAGGACAGAAUAAUCUUGACUUUUUUAUUUUAUGAAAAUUAAGCUUUAACUUUUAGAUAAAACAUAUCACCAAAUAUCAAACCGAUUUGAAGACCUAUUUCAUCAAAAAAUUCAACCUAGGGAGAAUAUCUGUAUCAAACUCUUUUUUGAAAUUACUAAUGUAGAUUUAGAUAAUAGUUUUGCUUAAUUUAAAUGAAAAACAAUGUGUGGGGUAGUGUACAUUAUAACAAAGAUUUGAUCCAUUUUGCCCUCCCCCCCCCCCCCCCCUUAUUACAUUGACAUACAUUCUAAACAAUAACAAUAUAGGAUUUGUUAUAAAAUGUGUUGUUUUUUUAAUUCAUAUUUACAAAUUUUACAUAGUUAUUUAAUUAUAUGAUAAAUAAUCAGAAAACAUAAAUAAUAUACGCAUAUAUACAAUAAUAAUUCAUUUAUAACUAAAGAAUCUGUAAAACAUAUGCCCCAGCAUCAGCAUUUUCUAAUUUCCAUGCACUGUGACCUUGAUCUUUGACCUUCUGACCCCUAAAUUGAUAGGUAUCUUCCCUUCUCUGUAUGUAUUCAUAUGUCCAAAUUUGGUUUGAAUAAAAUGCAAAGUACUUAAGUUAUUAUCCAGAAACCUGUUUUAACAGUCAACUUCCAUUUGACCACGAGGAAGAAAUCUAAACUUUCUGGUAUGGUUCCUCAUAUGAUGAUAGCACAACUCAUCCAUGUCCUUGUGGCUACCAAAUGGAUGUAGCUAAAACGGAAACAUUAGAAUCCAUUUUCUAACAAUACUGUAAAAUCUUAACAGUAGAACAGAAUAUACUAUUAGGUUUACCACCAGACUGCUAAUACCCCAACUUCAACUAAUUUCAAUUUUUGUCUAGCCAGGGAUUAUGUUUUAAUGCCCUGCUCAACAAAUUGUUACACUAAAGGAAUUGCUUAUGGAAAAUGUUAGAUAUGAAUUUGUUUGUGCAUAAAUGACUGUUUAUGAAUUAUUUGCUGAAAUUCUAAUCAGAAUGUUUUAAAUGUGCAUUUUCAAUACCCAAUAAACAAAUUUUACCAUUAUUAAAACUUUUUGACAAUUACACUUUGAAGGAAUGAUUUAAAUAAAAUUUUGAUAAAAUAAUUCAAUUUUUCAGAACUGAUCAGACACAAAUUAUCUAUGUAGUAGCCUAAUAGAAACAUGCAAACAUAUCUAUAAAUUAUCUUUUGUUUUAACUAAUUUGUACACGAACGGCGCACCAUAGUUCUCUAGAUGGGAGAAACUCCCUUUUCCCUUUGAAUUCUUUUUAAUGAAUUAAAUUCGCUGUAUACAUUGCUGAAUUUUUAAAACAAUGAUAUAUAUUAAACUUUUUAAUCAAAAUGAUGCUUCAAUAAUGAUACAUUGAACGUUAGGAGCGAGAUUCGCUCAUUACCGACUAGGCUGGAUCAGGAUCAGGAAGAUUGCAGAUCAAUUUAGGUACAAAUCUAUUAGUAUCUAUUACUUUGUAGAUUUCAUUUUCAUAAGAAAAGUGUCUUACACAUUUAAAAACUUAUAAAUUCAUUCAACACUAUAUCAGCAACUCUUGUUCGGGUACUACAUCGCUAACCAUUCUGAAAAUCUGUAUGAUACUAAAAAUAUAAAUUCUUCUGGCAUUCACAGUUAUUUAAAUAAUAACAAUAUUAAAUGUUUAUCUGAGAGUGCGAGAAAUAAUUGUGACCAAUUUGCAACUUUAGAUGAAUGUCGAGAAGUUGUUAUGAGUAUGAAACAAUAAAUCACCAGGUCUAGACGAUUUACCAACUGAAUUUUAUCAAUGCUUUUAGGAUCAGUUAUCGAAACUAUUUUGGAAUGCUUAAAGAAUUUUGUUUUAUCAAAUGAAAUGUCUUUUUCCCAACGACUUUCUGUCAUCUCAUUAAUUCGAAAAAAAGGAGAGAAAUUCCUAUUAAAAAAUUACCGACCCAUAGCCUUACAAAUACAGACUACAAGAUAAUUCGAUGACGAACAGACAGCAUAUAUACAAGGAAGAUUCAUAGGAAGCAACGCACGAUUAAUAUUAGAUAUUUUUGAUUACUGGGAAAACAAAAAUCAAGAGGACUUAUUAUUAUUUCUCAACUUUGAGAAAGCAAUCGAUUCAGUUGAGUGGCAUUUUCUGUUCAAAACUCUACAAACAUUUAAUUUUGGAAUUAAUUUUAUUAAAUGGAUAAAACUACUUUAUCAAAAUCCUAUCUUCCGUUUAAAAAAUAAUGGAUGGAUCUCUAGAACAUGCCAGAUGCACAGGGGAAUUAUGCAAGGUUGUCCAAUUUCCGCGAUUUUAUACCUAUUUGUUGCAGAAAUUCUAUCAGAUAAAAUAAAAUCUAAUAAUUGGAUUCACGGUUUCAAACGUAAAAACUUAGAACAUGAAACUAAAAAUAUUCAACAUGCAGACCACAUGCCACUGGCUUUAAGUGAUACCGAUUAUCUAAAACAUGCAAUAAACACCAUUAAAGGUUUCUGUGAAUUAGCAGGGUGAAAAAUAAAUUUCACAAAAACAGAAUGUAUUUUACUCGGAAACCCGAGAAACCAGCUUGAAACAGUAGAGUGAAUAAAGGUAACUAAGAGAGCCGUAAAAUGUUUAGGUAUUUAUAUAGGUCAAGAUAAGAUUGAAUGUUACAAUAAAAACUGGAUGAAAAUAUAUCACGAAAUUGAAAUGUUGUUUAAAUAAUGGAAAAAGAAGAAAACUAUCAUUAUUUGGAAAAUGUACAAGCAUUAAUUCAUUGGCUUUAUCAAAAUUGACUUAUGUUGCAAACAUUUUAGAAUUACCCGAUCCUAAGUUUAUAAAACACAUCAAUAGGUUGAUAUAUAUUAUUUUAUGGAAUAAAAAAGAUAGAAUCAAAAGAACACAUUGAUAGGAGAUAUUAAAGAUGGAGGGAUACGUGUAGUCGAUAUAGAGUCUAAACUUAAAGCCCUAAAAGCCUGUGGAUUCCAUGCCUUAUUACAAGUAAUCAUAUAAUUAAAGAAUAUGCAGAAAGUUUCAGUAAAACCUUAAAUCUUGACAUUCAUUAUUUAGCUAAGACUCCUGAUACAUCAACUAACAAUUAUGUCAUUCUUUAAAAGAAUUCCAGUAUUUUAUAAACAGGUAUUUUCUUGCUUUAACCUUUGUCAGGACAACACAAACCAAACAUUUAACUCCACUGAAAAAUUCCGUCUACAUGGUCAAAUGCAAAUUUUCUCUUCAAAGGUAGAUCGAUAUGUUUUGAAGAUUGGAUAAAAAGUGGAAUUUUAUAUGUUAUAUUUUAUAUCACUGUUCAUUAUCUUCACCUUUCAUAUGUUAAAAUAUUUUAACGAGGAUGGGUUAUUAAAAUCAGGUAAGCAAAUUUAUGAUUGUCAUACUAAGAAAACGAACUGGCUAUGCGAGUAUAAGAUGAUGAGACAUAUUUAAGAAAAAUUGAACCUGGAUAUAUGUUUACAACAUAAAACUAAAAUUUUCUACUCUUUGAUAAAUCAUAAAUUCCAUAAAACCCUUGCUUACAAAGUCAAGUAGAGAGUUCCAAAUAACAGAUAAAAGGGAAUGGGAAUCAAUAUUUUAUUGAAAGUUAUAUACAUUGAAAACAAAUCCUUAGCAGAAUUUAAUUAUAAUCUAAUACACAACUUAUUGAGUACCAAUCUCCUUAUUAGCAAAUGGAAAAACAUUGUAACAAAUAAGUGUAAACUGUGUAGAAAUGAAAUCAAAAACACAAAACACCUUAAUUUUUAUUGUAUUAAUGUACAACAUAAAUGAAAGAUCGCAAGUACCUGUAUUAAUUUCACAAUUACUUGGAAACAUCCUGUUUGGUUUUAUUUAGAUAAUACUGAAUUGAUAAAGAUAUAUAACUAUUUUCUUUUCUUUAUUGCAUUUAAAAUUUAUAAAUGUAAGAUGUAUUGUAGAGUUGUACAGGUUGAUGAGACAAGUGAUUUUGUUAUUCGUUCCAUCAAGGAAUACUUGAGAUCGCACUGUCAAGUUCUCAGGUUUUUAUAUAAAAACAAAGAACAGAAACUUUUUCAAAAUUUGUAUCCAAUGAAUAGAAAUUCUUUGUAUCAAAUUUUUUAACAUAUAUAAUUUAAGCAUUGUUACUACUGCUAUUAUAUGUAUGCACGCAUAUGUAUGUAUACAUGUGUAUAGCUGUGUAUUAUGUAUACUUGUGUUACAUCUAAAGCCACUAUUCAGAGGGUUCUGUCAUCUAAUAGACCUGCCCAAUGAGUCGGAUAUGAACUAUUGUGAUAUGUGUGGACUCAUUGUGGCAGCGUGGCGGUUUUUUUUUAUAAAAAAAAACUUAUCUUUAUUAUACACACACUGCCAAAUAUGUUUCAUACGUAGUAUUAUUCCUUCAGUUGAAAUUAUGUUGAUGUAAAUUAAUAACUACAAUUGUUUGAAAUAUACUGUAUCUAUUUGAUUUCAUGGUAACAUAAUAACCAUGUCUUAUACACAUUAUAUCUUAUACAUGUAUUCCAUUUGUUUUGUAUAUUUGUAUAUGUUUUGUUUUGUUUCAUAAAUAAAUAUCUUGAAACUUCAACAACAAAAAAUUUUCCGUUCUCCCCUCUCGUCUGUACUGUGUCACCAUAUGCGUGGUUGUGUCUGCUUGUCUGUAAUUUUCUUUGUCUGCCACUCACUUGUGAGAAUAUCGGAUGCAGUCUGAUCUAUAACUGCCGUUUUACUUCUAACGAAUCGCCCAUGUAUGUUUCUGGACUGCUUUAGAAUAGAGUAAAUGCGAGAUCGUUAACAGCGUGCGUCUUAGGUUGCAUCGCUCUAUUUAUGUGGAGGUUCACGUCGAAUCAUGGCCGAAAGAAAAUAAUUCAUGGAACCUUGCAUAUUUUAUGGGACUUUCCUUAUGAGGUAGGCUCUCCAAUUUUCUGUGAGGUUUAAAUUCAAGUAUUGUGUUUGAAAUUUUGUGAGUAAAAACCAUGAAAGAAGAAUUUAAAUAUUUUUUGACAUUUUUGUUGUAGAGGUCGGUGAUUUGGCUUUUGACCAGCUGAUUUUGCACGUGCUUGACUUCGAUGUAAACAAACUCUCAUGCCUUGCUGGAUGGGUAUGUAUAUUUUGGUAUGAAAAUGCUCAUUAAGAACUGUACUACAUGAUGUGAAAGUAAAACUUCUGAAAAGUUUACUUUAAGGAAGCAGGGUCAGGUCAAAGGUGAGUAAUUUUGGUAAGAACAUAUAGGCAAAAUUAAUAGAGUGGUGCAACCUGCAGCGAGGCAAUCCGGAAGGUAAAUGUUUACAUAUACACGUGUUUAGUGUACUUUUUUAAAUCGAGGUGGGGAGUCUGGGUAAUUACAUAGACAUAUUUAAAAAAAUGGAUGUCACGUGGCGAGAAGAGAAAUUAGCAGUUUUAUUAGAGAAGGUAGAUAGGGGUAGGGUCAAUGGGUUGGGGUGUAAUUUUUAUGAUGUUAACUUGGCUACAAACAGACGGGGUAGGGGGAAUAUCUAUGGCAGAGUUAAAAUAACAUUUCCAGAGGGUACACGUAAAGUUUUAUUGGCACACAGGCUCAUGUACAUGUUACAUACAAAUGCAUUACACAUUGCAUAUAAUAAACAUGUAUCAUACAUAUGUCACAACAGUCUUUGCAUUAAUCCACUUGCAAUUAAUUAUCACAGUAAGGUGUAUCUUUAUAGUUGAUAAAUAUGUGUAAAUUGCUCAAAGUUCAUAUACAUAUCUGAAACCCUCGUAAAAAUAACUGACAGGUAACCAUCAU